UAACAUUAAUCCCUGGUGAUGGAAUUGGUCAAGAAACGGCGGCAGCCGUAAAAACAAUUUUUAGGGCUGCGAAUGUUCCAAUCGAAUGGGAACAACUUGAUGUCACGGGUCAUACUCAAGAAGGAGAUAUUUUAUUUAAGCAAAGUAUUGAAAGUAUAAGAAGGAACAAGGUAGCAUUAAAAGAUCUCGAUAUAUACGCAUCAUUGGUUCUUAUCAAAAACAUUAAAGGUUAUCCAACGCGUCACAAUAACGUGGAUUUUGCAAUCAUUCGUGAAAAUACGGAGGGUGAAUAUGCAGGAUUGGAACAUCAGGUUGCUAAAGAUUAUGAAGCCUCAGGAAUUAAAUUCGAUGACAUGAUCGUUGAUAAUUGUUCUAUGCAAUUGGUUUCAAAGCCACAGCAGUUUGAUGUCAUGGUUAUGCCUAAUUUAUAUGGUAAUAUCGUAAGCAAUGUUGGUGCGGCACUUGUCGGUGGACCUGGAAUUAUUCCUGGCGCAAAUAUAGGUCGGGAAUAUGCCUUAUUUGAACCGGGCUGUCGUCAUGUUGGCAGAGAUAUCCAAGGGAAUAAUACUGCUAAUCCUACGGCUUUAAUCCUUUCCGGAGUAAUGAUGUUACAUCACUUAGGUCUCGGGGAUUCCGCUAAUAGGAUUCAUAAUGCUGUGAAACAAACGAUAAAGCGAGGAGCGGCGAAAACACCUGAUAUGGGUGGUACAUCUUCAACUACCAAUUUUACACUAUCGGUUAUUUCUAAUUUGUAA